AUCCAUAAUUUAUUUUAACGUCCGUAAUCCUUUCCAGACUAUAAAUUCCUCUGGGGAAGGAACAUGUCUAUCAUCUCUGUUGUAUUGUACUCUCCCAAGUGCUUAGUAAAAUGCUCUUCAAACAGUAAGCUCUCAAUAAAUACAAUUGAUUGAUUGAUUAAUUGAUUAAUUAAACUACAGCAAGAAAGAAUAUGGGAAGAUUCCCAAAGAAUCCAAGAGAUUCCUGUGCAUCUCCCCAGGUGAAGUGAAUGGCUCAAUAUGGCUCCAACCAAACGACACUUGCCCCAAGGGAAUGAGUUCUUCUGAAGAACCAACAAAGAGUUAAACACAGCAGGCUUUAACCCGGAAAUGUGAAAGAGAAAGUACAAGUUUUAUCAUUUCAUAAUCAAGUAGUUUGAGCCAUUUCAAUUUCACUUCUGUUGCUUCAUCAACUGGGAUAUUGGAAAGCCUCUGAAGUUCAAAUGGUACAAAGAAACCCACAGUAAUAUAAAAUUCAUCCUGGGAGCAGCUUCCUCUAUGAUCUUGGGCACCUGGUUGGCCAUGGAGAUGAGACUCGGUGUGAUAGCAUUCUCAGUUUUCUCCAUCUGCGGUUACUCAGACAAAGAGGAUUCCUUGCCUGACAUAGAAAACGAAGACUUUAUCAAAGAUUGUGUUCAAAUUCAUAACAAGCUGAGAUCAGAGGUAAAUCCACCAGCCAGCAACAUGCUCUAUAUGACCUGGGAUCCAGAUUUAGCUAAGACUGCCAGGGCCUGGGUUAAAACCUGCCAGUUUAAACAUAACACUGAUUUGAAAGAGGCAAAGAAGUUCCAUCCUAGCUUCUCAUCCGUGGGAGAAAAUAUCUGGACGGGAUCUCUCAGACUCUUCUCUGUGAGCUCGGCCAUCCAAAACUGGUACAAUGAGGUCCAUCAUUACACCUAUGAGACUCACUACUGCUCAGGCGUGUGCGGCCAUUACACUCAGGUUGUCUGGGCAACCAGUUAUAAAGUUGGCUGUGCAGUUCAAUUCUGCCCUCAAGUUUUUGGCCAUAAAGGACUGACCAAUGCAGCUCAUUUCAUUUGCAACUAUGGACCCAGUGGAAAUUACCCGACACACCCAUAUAAAUCAGGAGCAGCUUGCAGUGCCUGCAGUGAAAAUGAAACAUGUGUGAACAAGCUCUGCAGAGACUCCAGUUGGAAAGCGGACUGGGAAUCAUUCACCCGGAAUCGGACCCUAGGUUUUGUCCUCAUCGCUAUUUCAAUAUUUCUGGUCCUGUCGACCGCAGCUUCCAUUUCGGCAAAAUAAUACAGGCAGGACAGAUGAGAGAGUCCCA